CGCGGACCCAGAGCUAUGUUCACCCGCACUCGGGUGGUGGGCUCUGGGCUCGGCGCCUCUCCCGCCCCCGGCCUGACCCGGGACUUCCCUGGGCUGACCCCGGAGCCAGGCCGGCUGCAAGGUCCCAGACCCGGUUUGGAGGUGGCGCCCCAGAGCCCUGCGCGGGAAAGCCGGGGGCUCCAGAGCCAGCGGGUCCCAGGUGCAUAUACCAUGAUAGUACCAAAUGAAAACCGAAGAAAUCAGAUAAAAAGGAGUACGUAUAUUUAUUCAGUCAACAUUCAGAAUGCUUCCCGUCUUCUGAAUAGAGUAGGAUUGGUUUACUUAGUUGCUGAGCAAGAGCUGGAGAGUCUUGAGAAGUGGAAGGAGCAACACAGAGCGAAGCCCGUUAACCUGGCACCACGGCGGUUGGGUGGAAGCCAAUCAGAGGCUGAAGUCAGACAGAAACAACAACUCCAACUGAUGCAAUCUAAAUACCAGCAAAAGCUAAAAAGAGAAGAAUCUGUAAGAAUCAAGAAGGAAGCAGAAGAAGCCGAAAUGCAAAAGAUGAAGGCAAUUCAGAGAGAGAAGAGCAAUAAACUAGAGGAGAAAAAAAGGCUUCAAGAAAACCUCAGAAGAGAAGCAUUUAGAGAGCACCGGCAAUACAAAACUGCUGAGUUCCUGAGCAGACUGGCUGCAGAGUUGCCAGACAGAAGUACCCAUCAAAUUGCUCUUCAUGACCCACAGUCUUCAACUUGGGCCAGAAGCCGGGCUUAUAAGGAUUCUUUAAAGGAAGAAGAAAACAAAAAAUUGCAAAAGAUGAAGGAGGAACAACAUCAGAAGAGUGAAUUACUAGAAUUUAAGCGACAGCAACAGGAGGAAGAAAGGACCAAAACUCACCAAGCUGAACACAGGAGGGUAAAUAAUGUUUUCCUGGACCGGCUCCAAGGCAAAAGUCAACCAGGUGGCUUUGAGCACUUUGGAGGCCAUUGGAAUACGAAUAGUGGUAACAGCUGGGAUGUAUGAGAAAUAUUUACUUCAUCUGUCCUUUGUCACCUGACCUUGAAGGACCUCACUUGAUGAUUUUCCUUAAAACUCCUUUAUUUAUCUUCACUGUUUUUACCUUGACUUCAGUUUCCCAUCCACUCAGCUGAACAAAUAUUGGGGAUGACCAGUUUUCCCCUGUUAUUAUUGAUGCAUGUUUGUAGAAUCUGAUUGCUGAGCUCAGAUGUAAUUUCUACUGCCACUGAAAUGUUACACUAUUUCUCUCACGGUUUCACAUCUUAUUGGAAGCCUAAUUACAGCAAUGUUAGUAAGAUAAAAAAGGAGGGAAUAAUUCGAUACUUUUGGGUUUGCAAGAGUUAUGGGUGCUACAUGCUUAUCUCUCAAAGCAGCUAAUUCUUAUGUAAUUCUCAGAUAACGCUGGGGGAAGCUUUGGCAUUUUUUAUAUUAAGCUCUACUUAAUCCAGGGUACAAACUUGAACAAAAGAAAAAAAAUCUUUUAUACUCUUUUAAACACAUUCAUAAAUACAUUUUGAAAUA